GCGUGGCCGGGGCCCAGCGUUGGCUGCGGAGGCUCGGCCGGAGCGUGGAGCCCGCGCUGCCCGCCCGCCGCGCCCCGAGCCCAGGACCGCGCCCGCGCCCGCGCCUUUGUCCGCCCGCCGCCCGCCUGCCCCAUGGAGCGCGCCGCGCCGUCGCGCCGGGUCCCGCUGCCGCUGCUGCUGCUCGGCGGCCUCUCACUGCUGGCGGCCCGAGCAGGCGCAGACAUCGCCAUGGAAGCGUGCUGUGCAGACGGACAUCGAAUGGCCACUCAGCACAGGGACUGCUCGCUGCCGUACGCCUCGGAAUCCAAAGAAUGCAAGAUGGUCCAGGAGCAGUGCUGCCACAACCAGCUGGAGGAGCUGCACUGUGCCACGGGCAUCAACCUGGCCAACGAGCAGGACAGCUGCGCCGCGCCAUACAGUGACAAGGCCAGCCUCGAGGCCACAUUCGUGAAGAGGUGCUGCCACUGCUGCCUGCUGGGGAGGGCGGCCCAGGCCCAGGGUCAGAGCUGCGAGUACAACCUCAUGGUUGGCUACCAGUGUGGGCUGGUCUUCCGGGCGUGCUGCGUCAAGGGCCAGGAGACCGCAGACUUUGCCCCCGGGGACAUCGGGGAGCUCCAAGAAACAGCUAAGAUUUCUGAGAUCGAGGAGGAACAAGAGGACCCAUACCUGAAUGACCGCUGUCGAGGCGGCGGGCCCUGCAAGCAGCAGUGCCGAGACACGGGGGAGGAGGUCGUCUGCUCUUGCUUUGUGGGCUACCAGCUGCUGCCUGAUGGUGUCUCCUGUGAAGAUAUCAAUGAAUGCAUCACGGGCAGCCACAAUUGCCGGCUUGGAGAAAACUGCAUCAAUACAGUGGGCUCGUUCCGCUGCCAGAGAGAGAGCAGCUGUGGGACAGGCUAUGAGCUCACAGAAAACAAUGACUGCAAAGAUAUUGACGAAUGUGAGAGUGGUAUUCAUAACUGCCUCCCCGAUUUUAUCUGUCAGAAUACUCUGGGAUCCUUCCGCUGCAGACCCAAGCUACAGUGCAAGAGUGGCUUUAUACAAGAUGCUCUAGGCAACUGUAUUGAUAUCAAUGAGUGUUUGAGUAUCAGUGCCCCGUGCCCUGUCGGGCAGACAUGCAUCAACACGGAGGGCUCCUACACAUGCCAGAAGAACGUGCCCAACUGUGGCCGUGGCUACCAUCUCAACGAGGAGGGAACCCGCUGUGUUGACGUGGAUGAGUGCUCCCCGCCCUCAGAGCCCUGUGGGCCAGGGCACCGCUGUGUGAACUCCCCUGGAAGUUUCCGCUGUGAGUGCAAGGCUGGUUACUACUUCGAUGGCAUCAGCAGAACUUGUAUAGACAUCAACGAGUGCCGCCGCUACCCCGGGCGCCUGUGCGGCCACAAGUGCGAGAACACGCCGGGCUCCUACUACUGCAGCUGCACCGUGGGCUUCCGGCUCUCGGCCGACGGCCGGUCCUGUGAAGACGUGAAUGAGUGUAACAGCAGCCCCUGCAGCCAGGAGUGCGCCAACGUCUACGGCUCCUACCAGUGUUACUGCCGACGGGGCUACCAGCUCAGCGAUGUGGACGGGGUCACCUGUGAAGACAUUGACGAAUGCGCCCUGCCCACCGGGGGCCACAUCUGCUCCUACCGCUGCAUCAACAUCCCUGGAAGCUUCCAGUGCAGCUGCCCCUCAUCCGGGUACAGGCUGGCCCCCAAUGGCCGGAACUGCCAAGACAUCGAUGAGUGUGUGACUGGCAUCCACAACUGCUCCAUCAACCAGACCUGCUUCAACAUCCAGGGCAGCUUCCGCUGCCUGGCCUUCGAGUGCCCUGAGAACUACCGCCGCUCCGCAGACACGCUCCGCCAAGAGAAGACAGACACCGUGCGCUGCAUCAAGUCCUGCCGCCCCAACGACGUCACCUGCGUGCUGGACCCAGUGCACACCAUCUCCCACACCGUCGUCUCACUGCCCACCUUCCGAGAGUUCACCCGCCCUGAAGAGAUCAUCUUUCUCCGGGCCAUCACGCCAGCCUAUCCUGCCAACCACGCCGACAUCAUCUUUGACAUCACGGAAGGGAACCUGCGGGACUCUUUUGACAUCAUCAAGCGUUACAUGGACGGCAUGACCGUGGGAGUCGUGCGCCAAGUGCGGCCCAUCGUGGGCCCGUUCCACGCCGUUCUGAAGCUAGAGAUGAACUACGUGGUCGGGGGUGUGGUGUCCCACCGAAAUGUCGUCAACGUCCACAUCUUCGUCUCCGAGUACUGGUUCUGAGGGCCACAUCAUUGCUGCCGACGACUGUGCUCUGUCCCCGUCGUACCACCCAGACAUUUCUUGAUUUUAUGUAUUGUUUGUAGUGUUAGGCUGUCAUGUAUUAAGCUGGGCCAGAGGAAUAAGUCCAUCUGAUGUAUUUUGGUGUUUGAAUAACGAGUCCAGUUACUCCACUGUUUGGUUGAAAACGUUGCUUGUUUUUUAAUGCAAAGGUUAAAUUUUGCUCCCUUUUUCUGCUUGUGGGCCAGGCAUUGCUAAGGACCAACAAAAGAAAGAUAUUUUUCAGGGGGCAGCUCGUCCAAAUCCUAGAGAAGACCGUUUCUUGCCCUGAUUGUAUGAAUUUGACAUUUAAUACUUUUUUUUGCUAAAAUCUGAUUUUGUGUGCCCAAUUCUGUAGACUAGCAGGUCUGACAAAUUCUGCCCAGAAGCAGCAUGACACACAAUGCCUCGGGGAGUGCUUAGAAGGUAAAUUGCAGUUCUGUGGAAACAGAAAAAUCCCUUGGUAAAGACACAGCCUGUUAGGUGUGUGUGUGGCCCCAGGAUGUUCCAGGGGAAUGGCUGGGUUUUCUCUGCCCCCUGCAUCGUCUUUUCUUAUCAUAGGUGGGAAAAUAAACAGCUUUGUGAUCCUCCU